AUGGAAAUGAACAUCCAGAUGCUUGGUCCUUUCGUGAUAGACAUGAUUUUUACUCAGACAGUUGUAGAUUUUCUAGUGUCUUUAUCACCUGCAAAAUCAAAAUCUACGAAACCAACAAGAUCAAGUGUAGCAGCUCUUUUACAAUAUUUUAAUCCNAAACUCCAGGAACUUACAGAUUCUGCAAAAGCGGGAGAUUGGGUCCAACAAAACGUCCUGGCCUACUCUGCUGAUGUCAAAUUCCGAUACAUUGCAGUCGGAAACGAAAUCCACCCUGCUGAUGCAGAAGCUAAAUCUGUUCUUCCUGCAAUGCAGAACGUUCACAAUGCAAUUGCUGCGGCAAAUUUACAAGGCCAGAUCAAGGUUUCAACCUCAAUCGACACUACCUUGGUAGUCAAUCCCUCGCCUCCGUCGGCGGGAACUUUCAGUCCUGAAGCAAGCUCCUACAUCACCCCCAUAAUUCAAUUCCUGGCACAAAAUGGAGCUCCACUCCUUGUCAAUGUGUACCCUUAUUUUGCCUACAUCGAUCCCACCGCGCAAAUCACCCUGCCUUACGCGUUGUUUACGGCUCCAGAAGUUGUAGUAACAGAUAAUCAAUAUCAAUACAAAAAUCUGUUCGAUGCGAUAACAGAUGCUCAGUAUGCCGCUUUGGAAAAGGCUGGUGCCCCCAAUUUGGAGAUUGUUAUAUCAGAAAGUGGGUGGCCAUCAGAAGGAAAUCCUGCAGCCACUGUGGAAAAUGCAGGAACUUACUAUAGGAAUUUGAUUGGUCAUGUGAAUGGAAACACAGGGACUCCCAGGAAGCCUGGAAAGGCUAUUGAAACAUAUUUGUUUGCCAUGUUUGAUGAGAACCUGAAACCUGCAGGGACUGAGCAGCAUUUUGGUGUCUUCUCGCCAAGUAAAGAGCAGAAAUAUCAACUAACUUUUGCCUGAAGGAGUUGCUACAGGUUUCUGAUGGGCUUUAAGUUUAAAUAAGGGUGUCUUGUGCUCCCAUUUUAUAAUUUACUCAAGGCUUUUCAUUAUUUUUGAGCUCCAGAAAUCGGAGAGCUUGCUGCACUACUUAUUGAGAUCAAGAUCCAACAAGAUCAAUUACAACCGAAGAUCACACUGUUAGUGUAUGCCCUAGGAACCAAUCGUGUUGUAAGUUUUAGGACAUUAUAUCUUGUAAAUGUAUUAUAAAUAAAAGAAAGUGUUUUUAUUUCAC